UCCACACGACCCAGCAACUUUCGCUGCCUCAUCUCCCUCAUCAAACCCAACAAAACUCGUUAAAAAACAUGCCAUUGUGGACAGCAGACAACAGAAUUCCACUCUUUGUAUUCGGUCUGACCACUGGUGUAGCUCUGUCGGCCGCCGUCCAAUACUUGUUCACCAGUUUGGGUCCCGAGCGAUCACCCAACUCCAUACUAGACGAUGGGCAACCUCACCCAUUGUCUACAAGAAGGCAGGUGGAAACCGCCAUCCAGCGGCUAGAAAGAGAGUUCACCAUUACUACGUCAAUGCUGCAUAAUCUUGUGAAAGCAUUCAUGCGCGAUAUGGAAAGGGGACUAAAGCGGGACAAUGCAGUCCUCAAAAUGAUUCCUUCGUACGUGGUUCGUCGGCCUCAAGGUGACGAGACGGGCACAUAUUUGGCGCUGGACUUGGGUGGUAGCAACUUUAGAGUUUGCGAAGUUACCCUAAGCGGGAAAGGCCAAGUUCGGACGCGACAAAAGAAGUUUGUAGUAUCCGAUGACCUGAAGACAGGACAAGGGACGGACCUUUUUGACUUCAUCGCAGACUGUGUGAGCCUGUCGAUGGAUGAAUUCAACCUGGACAAGAAGGCUGGGCUGAAGAUGGGAUUCACGUUCUCCUUCCCGGUAGAUCAACAUUCAAUCAACAAAGGUGUGCUGAUAUCGUGGACGAAGGGCUUCACUGCACAGGGUGUGGUUGGCGAGGAUGCUGUUCAAUUGCUUCAAGACGCGUUCCACAGAAAGGGACUGGUGAUUACCAUCACAGCACUCGUAAACGAUACGGUGGGAACCUUGGUAUCCCAAGCUUAUCUGGACACAUCCACAUAUCUAGGCGUUAUCCUCGGAACAGGUAGUAACGCCGCAUACGUUGAACGUGUGGAGAAUAUCCCAAAAUGGAAGGGUGGACCCACGUCGACUGGACAGAUGAUCAUUAAUAUGGAGUGGGGCGCGUGGGGCCAAGACGGCAUCAUUCUGCCCACUACUGAGUACGAUCUGAGGGUGGACAGGGCGUCUCCUAACCCUCGCCAGCAAACCUAUGAGAAAAUGAUAUCUGGAUUGUACCUGGGGGAAAUAACGCGACAGAUCAUGGUUGACCUGAUCUCGACUGGAGAGCUCUUCAGUGGACGGCGACACGCGGCUCUGGAGGUACGAGGUAGCUUUGAUACAGCUCAAAUGUCCAGGAUCGAGCGUGACCACAGUAUGGAACUAACGGACACUCGAACCAUCUUGGAGGACCUGUAUGGCGUGAAGAAAACCACACUUACCGACCGUCGUUUGGUCAAGCGCAUCUGCGAGCUAAUCGGCACGCGUGCCGCUCGACUCGCAGCAGUCGGAAUAGCGAGCAUUGUCACCAAAAUUAACAAACUGGACGGCUGUACGGUGGCAGUUGAUGGAUCAGUAUUCGAGCACUAUCCCCACUGGAAAGAUCGCAUGACAGAUGCUCUGCGUGAAUUGCUAGGAAUCAAUGCGGAACAUAUUCUACUCGUACAAGCACGUGAUGGGUCGGGAACUGGUGCAGCUUUGAUUGCAGCUUUGGCCGAAACUGGUUCAUCCUGAUGCCGCAAUGCGGUCCAUCAAAGGACGACCAAUACUCUUACAAUGCUCAAAAAUCAGAAUUCACAUACUGUGAUGGUGCUGUUCAUCGUUGGUCUCUUGUCCAAAGGCAUACUUUUGUCGGUUCAAUUUGGGACAAUUCUUUGGGACAUUUCUCCCAGGGAGUUACAUAACCAUAUAUAUUGAGGUGGUGUCCUCAAUAUUUUACGUAUAGAUACCGGAUGUUUUUGCUGUUCUUUCAACUUUGUUUCCGCGUCUGCUUCGCGAUCUUUAUUGCAACAUGCCUUUUCAGCUCGUAAUCAU